AUGGCGGGCGCAUUUUCAGAGUGGCGCAAACUGCCAAUAGGCCUGAAUGAGAUUUGCAUCAAUACAACGUUGCGCUGUGGUCAAUCUUUUAGAUGGCAGCAUAUUCCCGAAAGCAAAGAAUGGCGUUGUGUGCUUUACGGCAAGCUGCUAUCUCUAAAACAGGACUCAUCGGUCCUCUACUAUCGAGAUUACCGAGCACCCGCUUCGGCCUCUCUCCCAACCCCUCCGAUCUCAGAAAUUCCCUCUCGAGCGCAAUCCGAUGCCGAACCCACCGACAACAAGGCGCAUGCAGCCAAUUCACAUGACGACCAUGUCCUCCGAAUUAUAAAACACUAUCUCAACCUAUCCCUCAACUUGACCGAUCUCUACACCCAAUGGUCCACUCAGGAUCCCAAUUUCAAGAAAAAGGCAGCCCAAUUCACUGGAAUCCGGAUAUUGCGCCAGGAUGCCUGGGAAGCACUCGUAUCGUUCAUAUGCAGCAGCAACAACAAUAUUUCCCGAAUCUCGCAAAUGGUGGAAAAGCUAUGUAUCCAUUACGGCCCGUUUAUUGCCAAGGUCGGCGAACGCGCAUACCAUGAUUUCCCGACUCCGGAGGCAUUGGCGUGCAAAGACGUGGAGAGCAAUCUCCGCAGUCUCGGCUUUGGAUAUCGGGCAAGGUAUAUCUACCAAACAGCCGUCAUGGUCUCUCAAGAGAGAGAGGCAGGGUGGUUAGAUAGCCUUUGCAAUCCCGAGUCACCGGCAUUCGGAAUGGAAGCAAAGCCCGGUGAUGGGAUGAAGCCCGAGGGACGGCAGGGUUACCGUGAUGCUCAUGAGAAACUCCUUGAGCUACAAGGUGUCGGGCCAAAAGUAUCUGAUUGCGUGUGCUUGAUGGGCCUCGGAUGGGGCGAAUCAGUACCCGUUGACACCCAUGUAUGGCAAAUCGCACAGCGAGACUACCGAUUUGGCAAAAGCUCCAAUAAAUCGCUCACUAAAGCGACUUAUGACGCUGUGGCCAAUCACUUCCGAAAGCUUUGGGGCCAGGAAGCAGGCUGGGCACAUAGUGUGCUCUUCACAGCAGACCUACGGUCGUUUGCAGAUCGACUUGCAGCAACGAAAAAGGUUGGUGUGUCAGUAAAAGAGGAGGACUCGGAGAUCAAGAUCAAGACCGAGGUGACAACUGCAGUGGCAUUGACAGCGCCUAAAGAAGAAACGGUGGAUAUUAAGGUCGAGGACUCGGAGGACAAGCCUGCUACGAAGACCAGAGGCAAGAAACGAAAGGACUCGACAGAGGGUAUCGUGCUUGCAUCUCAGACGACAGAGACCAGGAGAGUGUCCAAGAGACUCCGUCGAUAG